GCCCGCGGCGACUCGCCGCCGUGCAUGUUAAUGCGCGGUAAUUGCCGGGGGAGGCGGGGCGGAGCGGAGCGAACCGCCGCCCGCCGCCCUGCCCCUCCUCCCCCCCCCGCCGCCGCCGCCGCCGCCGCCUCUGCUGCCCGGCCUCCCCGAUGCCGAGGAAUGGAUAGAGCGGCUGCCCUGCGAGCCGCCGGCAUGCUGGAGAGGAAGGAGCGCAGCGGCGGCGAGGCGGCGGCCCGGGCGGUGGGGCCGGGGCCGGGGCCGGCGGCGCGGAGCACGCUGCAGCAGUGCGGGCUGCUCCAGGACCUCAUCGACAUCUCGCUGUCCAACCUGCGCGGGCUGCGCACCAAGUGCGCCGCGUCCAACGACCUCACGCAGCAGGAGAUCCGCACGCUGGAGGUGAAGCUGAUCGACUACAUCCACAGACAGCGGCAGUGUAAGCUGAGUGUGCCCCUGAAUGACAGGACAGCAGAGCUCAACAGUUACCCAAGGUUCAAUGACUGGUUAGACAUUGUCAAUGUGAGGAAAGAAGUUGUACAGAGAAUACCAGAGGAGCUAACCUUAGAUGCCUUACUAGAAAUGAAUGAGUCAAAGGUGAAGGAAACCAUGAAGAGAUGUGGUGCCAGAGAUGAGGAGUGCUCCAGACUCAAUGGGGCACUGAGCUGCUUAAGGAAGGUGGCUGAAUCAGGUGGGGAGUUAAAAGACGACGUGCUGAUGAAUCUUCCUGAGGCACGCCGAGAGAGCGGCUCUACGCACCCGACAGACCCCCCCUGCUCCGCUGCGCCCACGUGGACUCCCACUGCGUCGCACCUUCCCAAGGGCAGCGGCCAGCAGGCACGUUCUGCAUCGGUAUCCACAAUCCCAUCUUCGGAGUCUCUCGCUUCGAGUCACGGACCCUCUAUCUAUGCAGAUAACCUCCUGGACCCCUUUGCCUUCCCUGCACACAGCGGGAGGUUAACACCAAGGACUCCUCAUAGCAUCACUAUCACUCCACCAACCACUCCUCAAGCCAAGAGACGACAUAAGUUGAAGCCGCCACGGACUCCUCCCCCCCCUUGCCGGAAGGUUUUUCAGCUGCUACCUAAUUUUCCAACCCUCACGAGGAGCAAGUCCCAUGAAUCACAGUUGGGAAACAGGAUAGAUGAAAUUCCUCCAAUAAAGUUCGAACUCUCCCAGGGAUCCCCUCAAAUGGUACGAAGAGACUUCGGCUUAGCAGUAACACACAGGUUCUCUACAAAGUCUUGGUUAUCUCAGAUUUGCCAAGUCUGUCAGAAAAGCAUGAUGUUCGGGGUGAAGUGUAAGUACUGCAGGUUAAAAUGUCAUAACAAAUGUACUAAAGAGGCACCUGCUUGUAGAAUAUCCUUCCUUCCCAUAACAAAAAUAAGGAGGACAGAGUCUGUCCCUUCAGAUAUCAAUAACCCGGUAGAGAGACCAACAGAGCCGCAGUUUGGAACUCUUCCCAAAGCACUAACUAAAAAGGAGCAUCCACCAGCAAUAAAUCAUCUGGACUCCAGCAGUAACCCUUCUUCUACAACCUCUUCCACACCAUCUUCCCCAGCACCUUUCCAGUCUUCCAACCCUCCCAGUGCAACGCCUCCCCCAAACCCAUCUCCUAUGGGCCAGAGGGAUGGACGGUUUAACUUCCCAGCUGCCUACUACAUUCAGCAUAGACAACAAUUUAUCUUUCCAGAAAUUCCCAGCCCUGCACAAGUAGCACAGCAUCCAGAAACAGCUGAAAACACUAAUGCUGAUGAUCAGCUGGACACAGAUGGAGUUCAUUGUGAAGAAGAGGUGGAAGAACCAGAGACAAAUAAAUCAGAACCUGAAGAUGACGACGAUGAGGUGGAAGACUUGCCAAACAGACGGCCCCACUUGCAAGGGAUGAUCUAUCGCAAACCUAGCCAGACCAGCGUCUACCUGCAAGAGUGGGACAUUCCCUUUGAACAGAUUGAGCUGGGGGAUCCUAUUGGCCAAGGACGAUGGGGGAAGGUUUACAAGGGAAAAUGGCAUGGAGAAGUGGCGAUCAGGCUGUUGGAGAUAGAUGGGAACAAUCAGGAUCAUCUCAAGCUCUUUAAAAAGGAAGUGAUGAACUACAGGCAGACCCGGCAUGAGAACGUGGUACUUUUCAUGGGAGCAUGCAUGAACCCUCCUCAUUUAGCAAUCAUUACCAGCUUCUGCAAAGGAAGGACCCUCCACUCAUUUGUGAGAGACCCCAAGAUAUCCCUGGAUAUUAACAAAACUAGGCAGAUAGCACAGGAGAUCAUUAAGGGCAUGGGCUAUCUUCAUGCAAAGGGGAUUGUACAUAAGGAUCUGAAAUCCAAGAAUGUUUUCUAUGAUAAUGGGAAAGUUGUGAUCACUGACUUUGGAUUAUUUGGAAUUUCGGGUGUGGUUCAGGAGGGAAGGAGAGAGAAUGAACUGAAGCUGCCUCAUGACUGGUUAUGCUACCUGGCCCCUGAAAUCGUUCGUGAGAUGGCCCCUGGGAAAGAUGAAGACAAGCUGCCUUUCUCCAAAGCUGCAGAUGUCUAUGCUUUUGGGACUGUGUGGUAUGAGCUCCAAGCAAGAGAAUGGCCUUUCAAAAACCAGCCUGCAGAGGCACUUAUCUGGCAAAUCGGGAGUGGUGAAGGAGUGAAACAAGUCCUUUCAACAGUUAGUUUGGGGAAAGAAGUCAAUGAAAUUCUCUCAGCAUGCUGGUCGUUUGAUCUCAGUGAGAGACCUAGCUUCACUGUCCUUAUGGAUAUGCUUGAAAAGCUGCCAAAAUUGAAUCGUCGGCUCUCCCACCCAGGGCACUUCUGGAAAUCUGCAGACAUUAACAGUAGCAAAGUUGUCCUGCGUUUUGAAAGAUUUGGCUUGGGAAUCCUGGAACCAAGUAAUCAAAAGAUAUAGCAUGGUGUGUAAUUGUCUUGUGAUAAUGUUGUCUACCUACUACUUACACAAAGCAUCAGAAAUCUGCACAGAAUCUUCCAAGCUAUGAAACUGGUGCAGCCACACCUGAAAGCCACGUCAACAUCAGUUCAGUCCUGUGCUGUUUGCAAAGUCUGAAUUCUGCCUGAGCACCAGCAGCUACUUAAAGAAUGUUUACAUUAUACUUGUGUGAACUAUAUAUUUUUAAGUAUAAUAAAAGGUGAAUCAAAUUUAACUGCAGCCAUUCAAACAGCACUGAAAAGAAGAACUUUCUAGUUCCUUCUUGUAUCUAUGGUAUAAAUAGAAGCUACCUUCUGCUUCCGAAGCAUUUGUUUUCCGUAAGACCAGUGGAACGGGUUGGUUUCAGAAUGGCUGUGCAGCUCCUGCAAGGGGAUGGAGUUACAACUGCAGUUUUCUUUCAGGAAGGUAGAAGUGAUCUGCCGCACUGUGACCUGCCCAAGCCUAUCACUGAGCUCUGCGAUUUGCUUCAGAAGGGUUGGUCUAAGCUCUGGCUUACCUCAGUUUGAGUUACACUAGUGCAAAUCUGCUGAUAGUAGAGUUUGUUAUCACAUAGGCUAGAUUUCAGUUAAAAGAGAGUCAAGGCCUCUUCUGCAGAGAUCACAAUAAAAGCUGUUUGUUCUCCUGUAGUCCAGUAGCAGGAUUAAGACUGAUGACUGGCCUUUAAGGAAGGGGGGCGGGGGUAGCUUUUAAAUGAGGAACUGCCUUAAAUUCUCUUUUGGCCUCAAGAAGGAGCGGUACCCACACAGCGAUGCCUUACGGCUUUACUCUGUAAACUGAAGGCACCUUCUGCUCCUGUUGGCUUUGCUGGAGCCAAGUCUGACAAAUCAUGCCAAUGACUUCUUGCACCUCAGGAUGAAGAAAUGCAGCCUGCUUCCUUGGGGAGGUCAUUUACGCUGCUCUGUGCCCUGCUGACAGCUCAGGCUAGGCCAAACAGGAUUCCUGAAGAGCUUGGGUGUUUCCUUAAACCCUCAGCACGUAAGUGCGGGAGUAACACAGCAGUACCGGUGGCUUGGAGGCUUCCUACCCAUGCCAGGCCAAGCCAGAAGGUAAUUAGCUCCCUGUCCCUACAUUCCUACAGCAGCCUUCCCUUGAAACUCCUCCCAGCUCCAGGUUUGAGCGCAGUCUGAUAAGGCCGGUCAGAAGGGCUACAUGCGAUUACCCCGGGGAAGGUGACAGAUGCAUCAUCCCGCUCGCAAACGAAACAGCGGAUUGCAAGCAGCGCAACGAAGGCUCCUACCUGCCUCCCAUUCCCAUUCCUCCCCCACCUCCAGCUAGCGGGAGCAGCAGAGGGACCCUGAUUGCACAGGGCACAUGCAGGUUCCUUCUGUCCUUACAGUUUCAUUUUGCUGGGAUAGUUCAUCAGGACUCCCUAGAAAUCACUGAAUUUCCUUUCUCCAGAGGUGCUACUCACAGCUCUAGCACAUCACGGUGAAAGGGGCAGUAGGGCUGUGUAGUUUGCAAGGCUUUGAAACAAGGAUCAUAGGAAAAAAGAGCUCUGAAGUUCUCCUCCAAGGCAAGCAGGGCAGCAAGCGCUCCGCUUGGCUGCUUGCAGUGGCCAACUUCCAGAGAAAAAUUAGGUGACAAAAGAAUUCCCGAGUUCUGUUGGGCAGAGAACUUUACUUCUACUCUACGUACGAGUCAGCAGUUACUUCUUCUACAAGUAUUGUGCUAGAAUGAAUUUUUAAAUGCAUCUCAAAUAUAAAACAAAAAAUUGGUUUGGUGGUAGCCCAGCGUGGCACUGCAGUACUCUUUCGGUGUCUUCCUUCUCCCACCACUUAUUUUAUUAAGCAAAUAAGACCCCUCCAAGUAUACCUGUGUGUUUAACCUGCGCCAUUGGUUCUUACUACUGUUUGUUCUCUCACAGUAAGAUUCAAGUUGCAUCAGCAGUUUUAAGCAGAAUUUGUUUUCCUCGCAAGUGCUGCUUAAAUAGCGAUAGCACGAUACAAGCCUAAAGUGGGGAGAAAUGUGCUUCCUGGCAGUGGUGACGUUAGGAGCUCGGUAGGCAGAAACCUCCAUUGGCUUCACUAUGCAUUUUGCUGGGGGGGGGGGGGGGGGGUGCUGCUGCUGCUGCUGAAAGCAAAUUGUUGCUUUGCAGCCUCCCGCUCCGAGCGGCCCGUUUGCCCUUUCGGCAUUUGGGGGUGGCAGCAGCCUUGCUGCGCUCCUCACUGCUUGCUUCUGCCACCCGCGUUCCCUAAAGCUGGGACACCCCAAACUUCCCAGUGUGGGAACCAGAGCAUUUCCUUGCCUUUUCCUCAGCAUUAACAUCACUGUGACAAGAGUAACGCUGAGAAAGCAAUAUAUUCUUAAUCUUUUUCUAUCAGACGACUGGCUAGGACAUGGUGACCCAGCACUAGAGGACCAGCCAGCUAGAAGAAAGCGGCCGGGGGGGGGGGUGGAAAUCAGGCACCGUUUGUCCUUCCCCCCCCUCCCCAGGUGGGAUUCAAGCACUGUCUGCAAAGACUGUUCCCAGGCACUGGCUGUAUUGGCACCUCUGCUUUUAGGCAGAGCUUCCCCGCCUCUUUCAGCAAGGCCUUUUGCUUAAGACCUGAUGUCCCACGUGCAGCACUUUAAAGCGCGUUGAACUGCGGUGGGAGACCCCGAUCCCUGUGCCCCCGCUGCGCUGUGCCGAGCCGAGCCCCAGCCCCGCUCCUAGAGCUCCGGUCCAGGUGCAGGAAGGGUUCAAAACCUGCCUUUAAUCAUGUGAUUAAAGAUUCUGACUCAACCUUAUCUUGGUCCUGUGUUUAACUCCUGCAAAACUGUUCUUUUAAAAGCAGAACCAGCCACCUAGGUGCAGUACUUUAAAGUAGGGACCGAUUCCGGUCUCUGGGCAUGACCCUUCCCUGGUGUAAGCCAGCUGACGUAAGACGCGGAAAUCGACUGAACCCAGUGGAGCUGUACUUCAGUGAGGAGAGCCGAGCUCUCUUAUUCCUAGAGGCGUUGCAAACCAGGCAAGGGUCAUUACACUGCACUGUUUUAUGAUCACUUGUACUAUCUCUUCUUGCAGAGAUGUGGAGGAGUGAACAGCAUGGUAAGCCUGUAUCAUUUUAGACUUGUAAAUGUGAAGCUGGCUGUACAAUGCUGCUACGAUAGCCACACGUCAGUAGUGAAUGUAAAUGGAGUCUGUAAUAUGGUGAAAAUGGACACGUUUUCUUUUCAAAUGUGAUGUAAACUUUGUACAGUAAAAUUUUUUUAUAUUUUCUAUCAACUGAGUGUCUUCCAGAAUUGCUAUUAAAUUAAAAAUUGUUAGUAUUAACAAAGGUUUCUGUAUUAGUUUAUGCAACUGGCACAAAAAAGAAAAAAACAAGUGCACUCGAUGCUAAUGAACUUCUGGAUGUCUAGGAAUCUUUUCAGUGAAUAAAUCUGUGCUCUGGAUAAAGCAAA